AAUCACAAAGGCAUCAGUUCUACCUUAGCUGUUUCGAAGAACAAACCCACAUUUAAACAUGAAGUUUUUAGUUAUCAUCGCUCUGAUUGCCGUCGCUGUAGCUGAGGAAUAUGCUGAAAAGCCCUCCUACCCUGCACCAGCCUACCCUGCUCCAGCCUACCCUGCUCCAGGAUACAGCAAGAGCUACGAUUACGCCCCGCAGCCGUACAACUUUGCGUACGACGUGAAGGAUGAGCCAUCCUACAACAACUUCGGUCACCAGGAAGCAGCUGAUGGCAAAGUCACAUCUGGAUCCUACAAAGUUGUUCUGCCCGAUGGUCGUACUCAAGUCUUCACCUAUAAGGACGAAGGUUACGGUUUGGUAGCCUCAGUAAAGACUGAAGGUGCUAUCAAAUCAUACGAUUACAAGCCAGCGUACAACGCUCCAUCAUAUCCAUCCCCGUCCGAUUAUCCCGCUAAAUACUAAACUUUUGCAGUGAUUCCUGUGCAUUGUUCCUAUUCCAACAAUGUUUGGACAAACAAUAGUAUGCUUAAGAGAAACAUAUAAUAUAUACAGACAAGAAUACGAAAA